CUCCUGAAUUGCUUAAACAAACCGAUAAUAUAACAUAUUGUAAGAAAACAGACAUUUAUAGCCUUGGCAUGAUAUUUUGGGAAUUAUCUAGUGGUCAUCCACCAUUUGAAAAUCAAUCAAAUAUGAUUAAAUUAGCUAUAAAGGUUGUUCAAGGUGACAGAGAAAGUACAAUUUACGGAACCUCUGAAUAUAGGAAUCUUUAUAUCAAAUGCUGGGAUGCCGAUCCAUGUAAACGCCCAGACAUCGAAGAUGUACACAAAUUAUUAGAAGGAAUAGUAAACUCUAAAAUAUUGCCGGAGAUUGACCCUAGUCCUAUUAAUCCUGAAU